AUGAAGACCACCGCAACGUUGUCGGUCGCAUUGACAUGUGGAGCGAUCGCAGUGGCCCUCAACUCGCUCUUCUUGGUCGACAACUCGACUCCGUCCUCGGUGUUUCAGUCGCUGACAACGGGGGCGCACGAAUACUUCCGACCUGCAGACGACCAGGUCUGGGGGCUCCCGGGGAACAGCUCGUUCGCGUACUUCCGCAGUCCGUGUCCAGCGCUCAACACUCUGGCGAACCAUGGCCACAUCCCCUGCGACGGGAAGGAGCUGACCCCAGCGAUCCUGGGCGAAGGCAUCAUGAAGGUCUACAACUUCGACAAGAGGCUGCUGGACCUCAUCUUCCUAGCGAUGCCGCCGAACUUCACGCUCGCCGACCUGGGAGACCCCAACUUCAUCGACCACGACGCGUCCUUGGUCCACGACGACUCGUUCUUCCAAAUGGCACCGUUCAAAGUCAACAAGACCCUAGUGGACGAGCUGCUGGCGAGUGCUGAAGUUAUCGGAGACCGUGGCGGUCGUGCUCUCACGAAACACGCGGUGGCCCGCUUCCGCCGCCGCCGGGAGGUCGAGUGCGCCCGAGAUAACCCGGAGUUCAGCAUGAGUGCUUUGGCGAGCUUCGUGGCCAACGGAGAGGCGUCCUUCCUCUUGCAAGGCCUGGGCGACUUCAACAGCGCGACCAUUUCGGUGGAGCACGCGCGCUCGUUCCUCGUUGAUGAACGAAUCCCCGCCGACUUCCGUCCAUCCAAGACGCCAAUCACCAUCACGAGCGUGCUGCUCGCCAUCGCAGAGCUCAAACUCCGGGCCUGGCUUGGCUAA